AUGGCUGACGCGAGUUCUGAGGCUGCUGCUGGCAGAUACGUCAUUCCACCUCGUCGCGACCACGAGUCCUCUGCCGAUCCACCGACAACUCCCACACCGACUGGUCGAAACGGAUCUACCAAUGGGAAGGACUCCGUCGGUACAAUCACAAAUACUUCGAGCGUCGUCCCCGUUACCCGCUAUGCCAUACCAGACGCCCUGAAGCCGCGUAGUCCGAACUCUCAGUUCAAGGAAGAGUUGCACCACAGUCUCCGGAGGCUCGACAGCGACUACUAUGUCAAAUUCUUCCGGGCAGAGCUAGUAAAGCAGCUUCGCCAGAGGAACACUCACGUCUCGCAUAAGCCUUCAGGCAAGCCAGAGUAUGUCGCAGAUACCAGUGCUUCAAUCGCCUUCAUCAACGCCCUAGCACACACCAUUGAGCGCCACGAGAAGCCGAGUCCAGGGGUUGACAGUGCUAUCUGGGAUGCUCAAAUCGAGAGGCUUUUGGAGUGCUUGGACCAAGACUACGACGCGACGACAGCCAGUGAUAUCGGACACGGCAGAGCAUUAGAAGAGUAUCCUGAUAUUCAUACUACAAUUCUUUGGGCACUCGAGACUCUUCGCGGACGACUUCACGAGCUGAAAGGUUCUGCUCAUGCCAACAUCUCCGCUGAGCCUGAACCGCCAGCUCUGGCCCUUGAGAACAGAUCAAUCACCAAGGGGCUAUUCUUCUGGUUCAUGUUGACCCUGUUGGCGGCAAUGCUUUACUGGGUCUGCCCUGGCUUGUAG